AUGGUGGAUUCAUUCGAGUCAACCUUCCAUCAAGUUGAGGGCGCGCGCUGCGCAUUCGAAGAUUGCAAGGAAGCUCUCAAAGAGAAAGAGCCUCUCUUCAAAAGAAAAUGUUUAAAAGACAAAGACGAGAACGGUACCAAACGUUCAAGCGAAGAAAAAAGUGGAAUAAAGCUGUCUAAAACUGACGACGAAGAUAAAGCUAAGGUUGCGGAGCCAGAGAAUGAAGAAAACGGCAAGGGAAUAACAUGGAAGCGAUCAGAAAGACAAAAGAUCUACGAAGUCGCAGGCAGGCUGAAUAAGCCCGGAAGCGAGGAAAGGGAAGAGAAACCAACGAAGGUACAAAGCAAAGAGAGUGAAAAACCUGAUAAAAUUGGAAGUCAGGAAAAAGCACGGAAGCAUACAAAAUUGAGCAGUAGGGAAAAAGAUGAAAAAGUAUCCAGGCUGGAUAGCGGCCGCGAACCCGUACUGAACAAAUCUGGAAGCAGGGAUAAACUGGGCAAAUAUAUGAAAUCCGUCAACUGCGACGAUAAGGACUCCGACUAA